AUGGAAUUUUUUUACCCAACAAACUACAUUCGAGUUCAAAUCUUCCGUUCAUUUCGCUUCGUAAUAAAAAAAUUCAAAAAAUUCCGCUUCUCUCCGAUGAAUCAUCGAGUAUUUCCAUCGACAUCGGCAGUCCAUCAACAAUCGGCCCAACAUCGAGAACAUGAAGUAGACGUUGAGGGUAUUGCUAUCUCGUUCCUCUUCCAGCCCUACCCCCAACAAAUUGACUACAUGAGGAGUGUGAUUCGGGCGCUGAACAUGAAACACGAUGCCGUCCUUGAAUCGCCGACGGGAACCGGGAAAACGUUGUCGUUGCUGUGCUCGACACUGGCUUGGCUCCGGAGCAAUCAAAUGAAAGUGACUCUAAACGACGUGGCCGGCAUGGAAACGGGUCCAACCAUUGCAAAAAGGAAUGGGCAGGCGCGAAAAAUCUUCUACUGCUCGCGCACGCACAGCCAACUCGCGCAAGUUGUCUCCGAGUUGAAUAGGACAAUUUACAAAGAUGUCCGUUGUGCGGUACUUGGAGGCCGGGAGCAACUCUGCACAAACGACUUAGUCACCCGGUUGAAAGAUUCAACGAAAAUGACGGCCGCUUGCCACUCGUUUCGCAAGAAGCACUCAUGUUUUGUUUACAACAAAUGGGAUAAGACAAGUAUCGAGGAACUGGACACAAUCUACUAUUCAAAUGGGGCACCGGAUAUUGAGGAUAUGGCGAAAAUAGCUAGGAUGAACAGUCACUGUGCCUAUUAUCGGAGUCGACAAAUGGCUGAGCACGCCUCGCUCGUUUUUCUACCCUACAACUACCUGCUCGAUCCGAACAUGAGAAAGAAGCACAAAAUCGACUUAAACAACAGCAUCGUCAUCUUCGAUGAGGCGCACAAUAUUGUGAACGUUUGCGAGGAAUCGGCAUCGAGUUCGAUCACGACAACGCAGAUCUCGCAAGCGAUCGCUGAAUUGAAGAAAGCAAUCGAGAAACAACAAGAAGUGGACGAGCUUGUUCGAGCUGAAUCGGAUGCGAUGACGGAGGGCUUCGGCAUGCUAGGCGAUAAGAAAAAGAAAGACGAGGUGUUGGACACGAAAGUGGCAUUCGUUUUGCUACAGAACCUCUUCAAUCUCGAGGAUUCGAUUGAGGGAUUCUAUAAGAAGGGCUCAAAAGUACCGAACUGGGACGCCGAACGGACCCCGAAAACGAUUCGGGAGGUGCGAAUUCUUGACGGGAUCGCGCUCAUCGAGAUGCUCGAGGCGGCCGGUUUCUCGGGGAAAUCAAUCAUUUGCACGCAACUCGAUAAAAUUGUUCUCCUUGUGGCGAAUUUACUGGAAGAAGAUCAAACCAAACUCGAGAAAGAAGUUGGACGGCAAUUGGAUGCCGUUGCAUCGUUCAUCGAAUCGGCGCUAGACGGGACGGCUGAGGUGAUGGCGCAGGGCGGCGAUCGAAUGGCGAACUUCAAGUUUUGGAUAAACGUUGAGAAGCAACACGACGUGACGAAACAAGUUGAAGAGUACUCGCUGCAUUGGGGCUGUUUCGACUCGUCGAUCACGAUGCGCCGGCUAAAGCGACUCGGAGCUCGAUCUAUCAUCCUCACCAGUGGCACGUUGGCGCCGUUGGAGUCGUUUGCGAGCGAGAUGUCGCUAAAUGUCGGUGAUCUCUUCACGGCCGAACACGCGGCAAAAGCUGAACAAGUGCGAUGCUUCAUUGUGCCCCGGGGACGCGCGGAUGCCUAUUUUGGGACGAGAGACGACGUGCCGUUGUUGGGAACGUUUGAGAAUCGAAACAACCCCGAUUACGUGAACUCGAUCGGGCGCGCCGUUUUGGACACGGUGAAAGCGGUGCCACAGGGUGUGUUAGUCUUCUUCCCGAGUUUCGUGUACAUGGAGGCUUGCCGAAAAAUCUGGGAAAAGAGCGGCUGGUUGGCGGAGAUCGACGCGGUGAAGAAAGUGGCCAUCGAGCCGAAGAAUAAGAUGCAAAUGAAAGAACAAACGAUGCUCUUCAAUCAGCACAUCGACUCGGCGAAUGGAGCCGUCUUUUUCGCGGUGGCCAAAGGAAAGCUCUCCGAGGGCAUCAACUUCUCGGAUCGACACGCACGAGCCGUCAUCAUCAUCGGGAUUCCGUUUCCACCACUGUACGACAUUCGCAUCAUGGUCAAGAGGAAAAUCCUGGCGAACAAGUACACCAUCGAGGCGAUGCGCACGGUGAACCAAGCGGUCGGACGCGUGUUACGGCACAAAGACGAUUUCGGGAUUGUCGUCUUGUUGGAUGCGAGGUUUCGAAGCAUGAAUCGCACGUUUUUCCCGGGAUGGUUACGAUCGGAGAAGAAAAUCGUGAACAAUUACGACGAGUGGAUAAACGACAUGAAACACUUCUUUACCAAACAUGGUUUAUCGAUGAAAUCCUCUGAACAAUCAUCAGUCUACAAGCACGUUGUCGAGAAUCCGAAUCGCUUCCGCCGUCGAUCGCCCAUUAAAAUACAACAAGAGCCGCAAAAUGACCUCGAUUUGGGUCUUUUCUCGUGCGCACCGAAGCCAGUUGAAGAAAAGGCGAAACCGUCGACGAGUCUCGACUCGGCUUUGAGUCAAGAAGGAGAGCAGAACGUUGGAGCAAGUUCGAGUGAAUUGACGCGCAUUCGUUUGCUCACUUCCAACAAAAGGCGUAUCACCGUUGCAGAGAGCGAUCAAAAUGGCCAAGCGGUGAUUCCGAAGAAACCAGCGUUAGCAACGCGCCAAUUCUCCAGCAACUAUUUCGCCGAUGAAGAAACGGUGAAAACGAUUCAGAAACCCAAUCCGGCUCGUUUACACUCGGCGAUCAAAUUGACGAGUGGCGAUGAGACGGCGAACGACAAACCCAUGGCUUCGAGCUCUGCAGUCCAAGCAUCAACAGUGCAAAUGAAAGUUCAUCCGCUCGUCAAGCAGUUCACGAAAAUGGUGAAAGAACGCGGGCUGAAAGAAGAAUUUCAACGUCGCCUGCUGGCCGCAAAGAGGAUCCCAUCAGAAGUUGUGCGCGCCGCUUACGAGGUUUUCCUGCCCACGAAUCGCGAUCUCUAUUCAGCUUGCAAAGUCGCUUUCCAACACAUGAACAACGAUUCGAUCGAGGCGACCGAUUGGGAGAAAAUCGAGAAGGAAAAAAUGAGACGC